GUAGUUCUACUCAUCAUGAUCUCCUUACAGCUACUGAUGAUGAAGGAUCCACUGUAUUACAUACAGCUUGCAGUAAUGGCCAUAUUGAUGUGUUUCGUUAUUUAUCCAGUAUUUAUCCUCAAGGUGUUAAUGUAAUGGAUAAUAGAGGAUGUAGUUUACUUCAUAAAGCAUGUGAAGGAGGCCAUGUUCCUGUUGUACUUUAUCUCACUAGUCUUCCUCAGUGUAAUGUAGUAGCUAAGACUUCUAAUGGAUCAACAGUUCUUCACAUUACCUGUGAGUACAGUGACUCUCUUCCUAUACUCAAAUAUCUGGUAGAGAAUCAACAGUUAGAUCUGUGUGCUGUGAAUGAUGAGGGAAUGGCUCCUAUUCACUUAGCAUGUAUUAAGGGAAGAUUGAACUUGAUCCAGUACAUUAUAGAACACAUACCAUCAUCACUUGAACUACCUCACAGUAAACAUGGUCAUACUCCAUUCCUUAUUGCAGUGUACUUCAAUCAGUUAGAAGUUAUUAAAUAUCUUAUUAGUAAGAAGUGUAAUCUAUCAGCUACUGAUGGUGGAGGGUCUGGAGCAGUUCACAUAUCUGUAGAGAGGGGUCACUUGAAUGUAUUGAAGUAUCUCAUUGAUAAUUAUUAUUGUAAUCCUAAUGCAACCAAUCAUCAAGACCGUACACCACUACAUUUUGCUGUAGCAGCUAAACAGUUUGAAAUAUUAGAAUAUUUAUUAGAAAUUGAACCAUGCUUACUUAUUAACGCACAAGAUAAAGAUGGUCACACACCAUUACACUUUGCUUGUAUGAGAGGACAGCAGAAGAUGGUAUCACUUCUAACCAGCUCUACUAAUAUCAAUAUAUUAAUUAAUAACAAGAAAGGACAGACACCAUUACACUUAGCAGCUGCCUCUGGUCAUAAGGAUACCGCUAAAGCUUUACUGUUCUCAGUUACUGGUAGUUCUACUCAUCACGAUCUCCUUACAGCUACUGAUAAUGAAGGAUCCACUGUAUUACAUACAGCUUGCAGUAAUGGCCAUAUUGAUGUGUUUAAUUAUUUAUCCAGUAUUUAUCCUCAAGGUGUUAAUGUAAUGGAUAAUAGAGGAUGUAGUUUACUUCAUAAAGCAUGUGAAGGAGGCCAUGUUCCUGUUGUACUUUAUCUCACUGGUCUUCCUCAGUGUAAUGUAGCAGCUAAGACUUCUAAUGGAUCAACAGUUCUUCACAUUACCUGUGAGUACAGUGACUCUCUUCCUAUACUCAAACAUCUAGUAGAGAAUCAUCAGUUAGAUCUGUUUGCUGUGAAUGAUGAGGGAAUGGCUCCUAUUCACUUAGCAUGUAGUAAUGGAAGAUUGAACUUGAUCCAGUACAUUAUAGAACACUUACCAUCAUCACUUGAACUACUUGUCAAAGGACAUGGUCAUACUCCAUUCCUUACUGCAGUGCUCUUCAAUCAGUUAGAAGUUAUUAAAUAUCUUAUUAGUAAGAAGUGUAAUCUAUCAGCUACUGAUGAUGAAGGGUCUGGAGCAGUUCACAUAUCAGUAGAGAGGGGUCACUUGAAUGUAUUGAAGUACCUCAUUGAUAAUAAUUAUUGUAAUCCUAAUGCUACUGAUCAUCAAGACCGUACACCACUACAUGUUGCUGUAGCAGAUGAUAAAUAUGAAAUAUUAGAAUAUUUACUGAGUAAGAGUAUACCCUCAAUGAGUGUUGUCUGGUUACGUGAGAUAAAGUAUUUAUUAGACAGUCCUCAUGACAUAUACAAUAAUCCACAUAAUGCUGUACUUAUUAAUGUACAAGAUAAAGAUGGUAAUACACCAUUACAUGUAGCCUGUCAACGUGGACGACAGAAUAUGGUAUCACUAUUACUAAAAGCCAGUCUGUCUAACAAUAACUUAUUAAUUACUAACAAGAAAGGACAGACACCGUUACACUUAGCAGCUGCCUCUGGUCAUAAGGAUACCGCUGAAGCUUUACUGUUCUCAGUCACUGGUAGUUCUACUCAUCAUGAUCUCCUUACAGCUACUGAUAAUGAA